UGCCCUAGGAGAGAGAGGUGUGGAUAUGAUAGAAGACUCUGAGUAGCAUCUUUUUCGAAAUCCUCAUAUUUUCACUGAAAGCAAGGGAAUUCCUCUCAAAUGACAAAUUUAGGGGAAAAACCAUUUCACAACUCUCUUAGCUUCAAUUUUAUAUGUUGAUUUCUUGAUUUUUGUAGCUAUUAUCUCUUCAAUUCAUCUCUGAUAAAUCUCGGAUUCCGAGAUUGGAAACAAAUUAAACCCUGAAAAUCGAAAGCAUGGCAGCUUCUUCUUCAUCAUCAGCUUUCCUUUCAUUAAGAGACGAAAGCGAGCAGCAGCUUCCUCCUUCUGCGCAGCCGCCGGCAAACAAGAGGCGGCGGAAUCAGGCCGGAAAUCCAAAUCCGGAUGCGGAAGUAAUCGCGCUGUCGCCGAAGACGCUGAUGGCGACGAACCGGUUCGUGUGCGAAGUGUGCAACAAGGGCUUCCAGAGGGAGCAGAAUCUACAGCUGCAUCGGCGCGGCCACAAUCUGCCGUGGAAGCUGCGGCAGAAGAGCACCAAGGAGGUGAAGCGGAAGGUGUAUCUCUGCCCCGAGCCGAGCUGCGUGCACCACGACCCGUCCCGCGCGCUCGGGGACUUCACCGGAAUCAAAAAGCACUACUUAAGGAAGCACGGUGAGAAAAGGUAUAAGUGCGAGAAAUGCUCGAAGAAAUACGCUGUGAAUUCCGAUUGGAAAGCUCAUUCCAAAACCUGCGGCACAAGAGAGUAUCGAUGCGACUGCGGCACCCUUUUCUCAAGGCGCGACAGUUUCAUCACUCACCGAGCCUUCUGCGACGCGCUGGCUCAGGAGAGUGCACGGAACCUGAACCCGCCCAGCAUCGGGAGCCACCUCCUAGGGCUCUCCCAACAAGAUCAGAUGAGCCAAGGAGCCCUCUCAAGUCAUGACAUACUCAGACUAGGCAGGCCCAGCCCCCGAUACGAAACCCUAGUCAGUCCGGGAGGGUUCCGCCCUUCGCCCCGGCCCUCAUUCGUGCACCCAAAUCACGAACCCGAUCAUCAAAAUCAACCUUCCAUGUUUCCCAACAAAUCAUCAAUGCAAGGCCUCAUGCUCCUUCCUCAGCUCCACAUGAACAACACCUCCCCCAACUCCUCCACCGGCCUCUUCAACCUCAGCUUCUUCCCCGGGAACACCAACAACAACGCCGCCUCCAACAUGGACGGUGGCCCCCACCACUCCACUUCCGGAGAAGACUCAACCCUCUUCUCAUCAGGUAACCUCAUGAGCAUUGCGAUCCCAUCGCUGUACAGCACCUCGCACGGCAUGCAAAGCCCCAGCGGAGGAGCUCAGAUGUCGGCGACGGCACUCCUCCAGAAGGCGGCCCAGAUGGGCUCCAACACCAGCAACAACGCUGGCGCGUCUUCGUCGCUGCUGAAGAGCUUCGGGGAUGGAAGCAUCUACAAUGGAGGAGGAAACCAUAUGCAGGAGUUGAUGAACUCCAUCGCGGCGGCGGGAGUGGGCCCGGGGGCGGAGUACAGAGGGUUCCAUGGAGGGAACAGCAAUGGAUUGAGCAGCUUGGAGCAAGCGGGGAGGCUCACCAGGGAUUUUCUUGGAGUUGGAGAGAUUGUGAGAAGUGUGAGAGAACAGCAACAAAGUGGGAUGGAUCAUCACCGAAAACAAACACAACCUUUUGGAGAGGGGAGUUUUCACUGAAUAAUCCAUUCAUCGUUUUACAGGAGAUCCAGCGGAUUGAUUGAAGAAGAUGGCUAGUCCCUAGCAUGUGUGUAUAUGGAUCCAAAUCAAAAAGAAAAAGAAAAGGUUUUUUUUUUCUUCUAUAGUUAUGUUAGGUGAACUAGAAGAAGGAACGUAUCUGAAACUUGUUAUUUUUAUUUUUGUAGUUUGACUAUUUUUGUUCUUUUGAAUCAACAUUUUUUUAUGAGACAAACGAAAUAGAUAUUUAAAAAAUGCAGAAGUUUAAACGCA